AAUGAUUUGUCUGCUAAAAACAUACACGAAGCUGUUUCAGCUGGCGUUGUGGAUGUUUAUCUUCCUGGGUUUGCAAAGCACUGCAGUUCUGCAUACAUUGCAAGUAGCUUGUCUUGACAUGCUUGAAUGAAAACGAAUUGUUACCACGCCCCAUUGUCAAUAGUUACAAUAACCACAUUAUUACCGCAUCAUUGAACCCAUUUUUGUCUUUCCGGGAUCCUCAUUUCAAAUAAAAUGGCUACUGUCAUCCUUUAAAACUGACACAAUCCAGCUUUAGAGGCUUUCUUGGCUUAACAAAGCUAUACACAAUGAUGCAAAACAGAUUUAAGUCCAUCACAGCAAAUAUGUCAGCUGCUAAGAGGCCUGUGGCUUCUCUAGACAGAAGAGAAAGACAGAUCGACAAGCCUCCACUUUUAAACGGAGAAACAAUUUUAGCAGAGGCUCAGUCAGUGCUGAAAUACAACAAGAUGUCAAAAAGAGGUUCUGGGGUUAUGGGUAGCCUAUAUAUUACAAAUUUCAAGCUAGCAUUCAUGAUGACAAAGAUUGAGAGUACUUCUAGUUUGAACCAGAGAAUGAUGCAAUUAUCUUGCAGAGCUCUUGAUGAUCUUCUGGUUUAUGAUGAAUCUUCCUCUGACAGUGAAUUUAUACCACUAACGAGCAUCAGCUAUUUAACAGCAAUAUCUACUGUAAAACAGGUGUCUAAAAGGCUAACACCAGGCAAAGUACCGUCAAAAAAAUAUGAUAUAAUUGAGAUUUCAUGUAAAGAUUUUCGUGUAGUACAAUUUGACUUUUCUUUGUGUCGUGAUAAGGAAAGGGCAGCAGUUAUUAACACUAUUCAUGUGUAUUCAUCUCCAACUAGUCUUUACAAGUUGUUUGCAUUUGAUUAUGCAAGAGGUGCAAACAAUGCUGCAAAAGCCUCAGCAAGGGGAAGAGCAUUUCAUACAUUCAGGCAUGAAAAGGACUUAGAGCUUGAAUUAGCAAGGCUACGGGCUCAAGAACAUUGGAGAAUAAGCAGAGUUAAUGAAGAUUUUGCUUUGUGCAAGACUUUGCCAGAGCUAAACUUGGUUCCAUCAAGUCUUGAUGAUGACACACUGAAAUCAGUUUCUGGGUUUUACGUGGAUGGCAGGUUUCCAACAUUAGUGUGGCAUAGCAGAGAGACUGGAGCUGCACUGCUAAGCAGCUCAGCACCUAGUGACCAAGAAGAUGUGAAUGGUGGGCAUUCACAAAAGAUCAUUCAAGGAAUUUGUGAUGGGCUUUUUGGUACAGCCAUGAAAGUACCUAUUGUUGUGGAUGCAUCCUUGCUAUUUCCGUCACUGAAAGAGCUCCAAGCUAGCUACUGUGAAUUGUUUGGUAGCAGCCUUUAUCACACAAGCAAAGACUACUGGGCAUCUGAUAGCACUUGGCUUAGCAAGGUGGACAACUCAAGGUGGUUGCAAUACGUACAAACUGCGCUUACAGCCGCUUCCGAAAUCGCCAACUCAUUGUUAAUUGGACAGACAUCAGUUAUAGUACAUGAUUUAUCUGGGCGUGACUUUACACCCUUGCUUGUUUCCUUGGUUCAGCUACUGGUGGAUCCAUAUUAUCGAACCGUUAUAGGGCUGGAAUCUUUAAUCCAAAAGGAAUGGGUCGUAAAAGGUCAUCCGUUUUCUCAGAGGCUAGGUCCAAUCAAAGAAGCGACAAAGAGCCCCAAGAACAUGAUUUUUUAUAGAGACGAAUAUGUUUUAGAUACAAACGAGUCUCCUAUAUUCAUUCUGUUUUUGGACUGUGUGCAUCAGCUGCUAACCCAGUUUCCGUCACGUUUUGGUUUUACGGAACAGUUUCUCUUGCUGUUAAUUGACGGCGUCUACAUGUGUCUGUUCGAGACUUUUCUCUUUGACACAGAAUACGACAGAAAGAAGUUUAACAGCAAUGCUUUAGAAUCUCUUUGGGAUUUCUUGGCAACCAAAAUUCCCCCAGAAAAAUUCAAGACUCUGUUUUUAAACCAGUUCUAUAAUAUCGACAAGAACACGACACAGAACUAUUACAGUUUAUGAAUGAAUCAGAAAGCCUCGUUCAAGAUCUACAGCUGGCAAGCUCCAAUGAGCUGAUGACAUCGUUUAACAUGAACUCGAUUUCCAAGUCACCUAGAAAGUCGCGGAAACACCGGAAAGCGAGCCAGGCGCCACCCUCCAUCGGAAAACAGUACCAGUCCGCAAAUGAUCCGAAUGUGUUUGUUAUCAACCCGGACUCUUCAAGCAUUCAUGUUGAGUUAUGGUACGAGUACUUCUUACGAUGGGCACCGACAUCGGACCUCAGCAAAGGUUCCAGCUGCGGUUUCUCACAGUAUCUCCAGCAAAUGGAGCUUUUAGAAGAGAUGAAAUAUCUUGAAGACCGGUUAGAGCACCUUCGGGCGAAAAGCAUCGAGAUGGAUUCAUGUGAAAACAGCGAAGAAAGUCCCACUAAACAUAAACAAUUGACAGUUAGAAGGUCAAGAAAAGGACUUAAGAAGUUCACUGAAGAAAGUUAUGAUCAAUUGAUCUGUCAUUUCAUGCUUUGCAAAUUAAUACAUCCAGCCGUGGAUAACACACAGUUAUGAAAAUUCAACUAUCUAAGUGAAUUCAUGUCAGUAGUUGCGCUGGGCGUUUGUAGAUAAUAAUGAUUAAUUAUUAUAUAUAUAUCUUAGUAAAAGUCAUUUAAUAGUCCUGACAUGCACGAUAAUUGAAUUGAGACAUUGCUGCAGGGAAAAACACAUCUAUUUGGAAAGUAAGAAUUCCUCUAAACUCGUGAUUUUAUGCAAUAAUAAAUACACUUUUGAUGGUACUAAACGUGAAAAUGGCUUUGAAAGGUGUUACAAAACUUACCAAUGGCGUCUGAAGAGUUUCAGAUGAAAAUCUUCAGUAUGACCCAAUAUGUUUGCUUUUUUCAAAGCCAUAAAUUAAUACGCUUCUUUUCAAGGUAUACUUCUCCCCUUCGAUUUCCCAAUCAAUUAACGGCUUUCUUUCAAAUAUUUAUUUCCGGUAGAUUGCCUUAACUCAAGUCUGUUUUCAAUAGAUGUUUUUUCACCUACACCCCUCAGUAAUGUCAUACUGAGCCGAAUGUUGGUUGGAGCUGAUUUGUUCCGUUUGGGCAACAUUUUAACCCAUGCUGCUUGCAGCUAAGAGCCAUGCAAUCUUCCUACCCCUAACCAUAGCUAUACUGACUAACUGAUCUCUUAUCUAUCUUUGAGCUAUUGAUUUCUUUAAGCAAUAUUUGUUGAUAUCGAUUCUACUUUAGAGCAUUUAUGAUUUUGAUUAUGUCUUGGCAAUGAAUCUUUAUUUUAACUAGCUUUUUUAUGUAAAAUAAUUUUAUUUAAGAUAUUCAGCCUGUUUAUUGGCCGUUUAGUUAAGAACCUACUUGUCGUCUUUUUUUAAAGAUGAAACAAAAAUGGUGUGUUUUUAAAGGCGCAAAGAUAGAGUAUAUUUUUAACUUGCUUUCUUUUUCAGAAUUUAACAGUAUCUUAAAUGUGAUAUUUAAUACCUAUUCAACAAUCUGUUGGCUGCUUCAUUAAUGCGAGUUUGAUAUUUUGAAGGUCAAUUUCGUGGGGCUUUUCAAAUGUGCUAAAGAGGGGGAAAAUAGCUCCUUGAUACUAAGUGACAAUGGCCAACGGUCCUUUUUACAGAAAUAAUGGCUUGGCCACACCAGUUGAAAACCCAUAAAAAGGCCAUGUAUCCUAUUACCUCUAAAAAUCUUCUACCCUCGAAAAAGCGCUCUCUUCGAAAAAGAGCCCCCUCAAAGCCAACAAAAUUUUAAAUGCACCUUCAACAUUUUUCUUCAACGCAGUCGUGGAAAAAAUUCUGGUCGAAUUUUUGCGUCAUAUGCGGCAAGAUCAAUGUGGGGUGGAGGGGGCUCAGCCCCUUUUAAGAUCAAGAGAGAUUUUCGGGGGCUCAGCCCUCCUUAAGAACCCAGUUUGUGUUUUAAAAGCAAACACUAAUACAGUUAAAUAACGUCUUGAUACGCGAAAGAAAGAUAUUUUCGUCGCUACAACAACAGCAUCUCCCACAAUGCAUUGAGAAGUUGCCCUCUUGAAACCUAGCAACAAAAAGCGCCAAAGAUGGCGAUGUGUGUUUGCAAAUCAAUUCUGCAAAAACCUUGCUGAGACUUCUGCAAUUAGACAAACUAACUGUAAAUAUCACGCAACACAAAAAAGGCUUUUUAUGUCAAGCCGAUCAUGGAUGUUCAGG